UUUGAGUAUUUCUGAGGUGUGUCCAGUGUUGGUGAUGUUGAAGUUUAAAUAUGGAGGACACAGCGGUGUUAAAGAUCUGUCUGGACUCGAUUCUAUCACAAGCCGUUGUGCACGUCUCAAUCAACUGCUGCAGGGGAAGUGCUCCGCUGGAGUGACCCGAGAAGGACUCAUUGACGCUCUACUGGUGCUCUAUCAAGAGUGCACAUCACCAGAACUCAUGAAGAUCAAACAUGUGGCCAGUUUUGUGAAUAAAUAUUCUGAAGUCGUGGCUGAAGUUCAGGAACUGCUUCCUGGUAAGAAGGAUUUCGAGGUGAGGGGGGUCGUGGGACGGGGACACUUUUCUGAGGUGCAGGUGGUGAAGGAGAGAGCGACAGGAGACGUGUACGCCAUGAAGAUCAUGGAGAAAACAUGCCUACGAUCUCAAGACCAGGUGUCGUUCUUUGAAGAGGAAAGAUCCAUCCUGGCGUUGAACUCCAGUCCGUGGAUUCCUCAGCUCCAGCACGCUUUUCAAGACCACGAUUACGUCUAUCUGGUCAUGGAGUAUAUGCCCGGCGGUGAUCUCAUGACUUUGAUGAACAGAUAUGAAGAUCAGUUUGACGAGUCUAUGGCUCAGUUUUACCUCGCGGAGCUCGUACAGGCCAUUCACGCCGUGCAUCAGAUGGGAUACGUUCACAGAGAUAUUAAACCGGAGAACGUUCUGAUCGACCGCACGGGUCACAUUACACUGACCGAUUUUGGGUCUGCAGCCAGACUGAGCACUAACAGAACGGUGUCGUGUUCCAAACUCCCAGUGAGCACUCCAGACUUUCUUGCUCCAGAGAUCCUGUCAGCACCGAAUGGGGGAACGGCGUGCAGCUACGGUCCCGAGAGCGACUGGUGGUCUUUGGGCGUCGUCGCUUAUGAAAUGAUCUACAUGAAAUCCCCGUUCACUGACGGCACCUCGGCAAAAACCAUCAACAAUAUCAUGAACUUUCAGCGGUAUUUGAAGUUCCCUGAGGAACCGAAAUCCAGCGCUGCGUUUGUGGAUCUUCUCCAGAGUUUGUUAUGCGGAUCUCAGGAGCGACUGGGAUACGAGGGCCUGCGCUCUCAUCCGUUCUUCUCUUCUGUCGACUGGCCCAACCUGAGACACGCACUCCCUCCGUUUGUUCCGUCUCUCCGUUCUGAGGAUGACACCUCCAAUUUCCAGGAGCCCGAGAGGCCCCCCCGCCCUGCGGCCGCUGCCCAGCGUGAACCCCUUCGCACCGGCUUCCACGGACGCAACCUGCCCUUUCUAGGGUGGUGCUUUAGCAGGACGCUGACCGCACUGGCCAAGUCUGAAUUGGCUGGCACAGGGCUCAACUCUCCUGCCAAGAUCAACUCUAUGGAAAAAAAGCUACACCUUAAAAGCAAAGAACUGCAAGACACUCAAGACAAAUGUCACAAGAUGGAGCAGGAGAUCUCGCGGUUUCAGCGUAAGAUGACUGACCUGGAGUCAGUUCUGCAGCAGAAGGAUGUGGAGCUCAAAGCCUCUGAGACACAGAGGAGCAUCCUGGAGCAAGACCUCGCCACCUACAUCACUGAAUGCAGCAGUCUGAAGCGCAGUCUGGAGCAGGCUCGUGUUGAAGUGUCACAGGAAGAUGAUAAAGCUCUGCAGCUUCUUCAUGACAUACGAGAGCAGAGCAACAAACUCCAGGAGAUCAAAGAACAGGAGUAUCACGCUCAGUUGGAGGAGAUGCAGGUGACCAUCAGACAGCUGGAGGAGGAUCUGUCCGCCGCUCGCCGCCGCAGCGAUCUGUACGAGAGCGAGCUACGAGAGUCACGACUGACCGGCGAAGAACUGAAGAGGAAAGCUGCCGAAUACCAGCAGAGGAUCCAGAAGGCAAAGGAGCAGGGCAAAGCUGAGGUGGAGGAAGUGCUGUCUAAACUGGAGAAGACCAAUGGCGAACAGCAGCUGAAGAUACAAGAGCUGCAGGAUAAACUCUCCAAGGCGGUGAAGGCGAGCACUGAGGCCACAGAGCUGCUGCAGAACAUCCGUCAGGCCAAAGAGCGUAUGGAGAGAGAGCUUGAGCGUCUGCACAGUAAAUCUGACCCCAGUGACACGCUGCGCAGACGCCUCCGAGAGACCGAGGAGGGCAGAAAGACGUUGGAGAAUCAAGUGAAGCGUCUUGAGAUGGUGGAGCGGCGAGAGAAUAAACUGAAGGACGACAUCCAGACCAAAUCCCACCAGAUCCAGCAGAUGGCCGAGAAGAUACUGGAGCUGGAGGAGAACUUGCGUGAAACUCAGGCUACAGCGCAGAGGAUGGAAACCCAUCUGGUCCAAAAAGAGCGACUCUAUGAGGACAAGAUCAAGGUCUUGGAGGCUCAGAUGAGAUCAGAUCUGGCUGAUAAAGAGACUCUUGAGCAGAAGCGAUCUCAACAUGAGCAAGAAGCUCGUGAGAAAUGCAAACUCAUCAGUGAGCAGAAAGCCACCAUCAAUGCCAUGGACAAUAAAAUGAAGAGUUUGGAACAGCGGAUCGCUGAACUCUCAGAGGCCAAUAAACUGGCAGCAAACAGCAGCAUUUACACGCAGAAAAACAUGAAAGCUCAAGAGGAGAUGAUAUCUGAACUCCGACAGCAGAAGUUUUAUCUGGAGUCACAGGCGGGAAAACUGGAAGCUCAGAAUGCCAAACUAGAGGAACAUCUGGAGAAGAUGAGCCAACAGGAGCAGACCCGGAAGAGCCGGCUUCUGGAGCUGGAGACUAGACUUCGAGAGAUGGGUCUGGAACAUGAAGAGCAGAAGUUGGAGAUCAAGCGUCAGGUGGCGGAGCUCACGCUCUCACUGCAGGAGAGAGAAUCGCAGAUCAGCGGUCUGCAGGCCGCACGACACGCCCUAGAGAGUCAACUACAACAGGCCAAAACUGAACUAGAGGAUACGACAGCGGAAGCCGAGGAGGAGAUCACAGCGCUCCGAGCCCACAGAGAUGAAAUUCAACGCAAGUUUGACGCUUUGAGAGACAGCUGCUCGGUAAUCACAGACCUGGAGGAGCAGUUAACUCAGCUGACGCAUGAGAACGCCGAACUCAACCGCCAGAACUUCUACCUGUCCAAACAGCUGGACGAGAUGACGGUGGAAAACGAGGAGCGAAUGCAACUCUCUCAGGAUGUGGACCGUCUGCGCAGAGAGGUCGCAGACAGAGAGAUGCACCUGAACAACCAGAAGCAGAACAUCGAGACGCUGAAGACCACGUGCAGUAUGCUGGAGGAGCAAGUGGUGGAACUUGAGAGUCUGAACGACGAGCUGCUGGAGAAAGAGAGACAGUGGGAGAACUGGAGAUCUGCUCUGGAGGACGAGAAGAAUCAGGCCGAACGCAGGACCCGAGACAUGCAGAGACUCCUGGACAACGAGAAACAGAACAGGCUACGAGCGGAUCAGCGCAGUACUGAGUCUCGACAGGCGGUCGAACUGGCUGUGAGGGAACACAAAGCUGAGAUUGUGGCUUUACAGCAGGCCCUGAAAGAGCAGAGACUCAAAGCUGAGAGCCUGUCUGAUACUCUGAACGAUCUGGAGAAGAAACACGCAAUGUUGGAGAUGAACGCACGCAGUCUUCAGCAGAAACUCGAGAUGGAGAGAGAACUCAAACAGAGACUGAUGGAGGAGCAAGGGAAACUUCAGCAGCAGAUGGACCUACAGAAGACUCACAUCUUCAGAUUGACGCAGGGACUGCAGGACGCGCUGGACCAGACCGACAUGCUCAAGACUGAGAGAACCGACCUCGAGUACCAGCUUGAGAACAUACAGGCCGUGUACUCACAUGAGAAAGUGAAAAUGGAGGGAACCAUCUCACAACAGACCAAACUCAUCGACUUCCUGCAGGCCAAGAUGGACCAACCCGCCAAGAAGAAGAAGGGUAUAUUUGGGCGUCGUCGCGAGGAGGUGGGUGUUACCGCUAACGGUGCGACGGCGAUGUCUUCUCAGCCCGUCGUGCCCAUACCGUACAGCGACAUGAAAGUGGCUCUGGAGAAAGAGCGAACGCGCUGUUCUGAGCUGGAGGAGGCGCUGCAGAAGAUGAGGAUCGAGUUGCGCACGCUACGAGAAGAAGCAGUGCAUUUUAAAGCGCAGGAGCACGUGGCACCACCCACACCGGCGUUGGCACGGCAGCAGAUCCUCAUGUCUGCAAUCGUGAAAUCUCCAGAGCGACAGCCGAACCCGAGCAGUCUGCUGAACCCGUCCAGCUCAGCCCGACGCAAAGAGAACUCAACACCAGAGGAGAAGAGGAGGGUCACGUUUGAAAAGUACGGCCGUCGUGUGAAGGAGCGGAUGCAUCAUAAUAUUCCUCAUCGUUUCACUGUGGGUUUGAAUAUGAGAGCAGCGAACUGUGCCGUCUGUCUGGACACUGUACACUUCGGCCGACAAGCUGCAACCUGCCUGGAGUGUCGUACUCUGUGUCACCCGAAGUGUUCUCCGUGUCUGCCGGCGACCUGCGGUCUCCCCGCUGAGUAUGCGGCACACUUCACUGAGGCUCUGUGUCGAGAUAAAGCCGGCUCGCCCGCCCUGCAGGUGAAAGAGGCGUCGGGUCACGUGAGACUGGAGGGAUGGAUGAAACAACCCAGGAAUAGAAAGAGGGGACAGCAGGGUUGGGAGAGGAAGUACGUCGUACUGGAUGGAACCAAAGUAUCAAUCUAUGAGUCUGAACCGGCGGAAGACUCCGUGAAGCCUCAGGAGGAGUUCGAGUUGUGUUUGCCUGACGGUGAGGUGACCGUGCAUGGAGCUGUCGGAGCGUCUGAACUCAUCAACACAGCGAAAUCAGAUAUCCCGUAUGUGUUGAAGCUGGAGUCUCAUCCUCACACCACCUGUUGGCCGGGUCAGUCUCUGUACUUCAUGGCUCCCAGUUUCCCUGAUAAGCAGCGCUGGGUGGCUGUUCUGGAGUCAGUGGUGGCGGGCAGCAGAGGAUCACGAGAGAAAUCUGAAGCAGAUGCUGCAGGUGCUAAAAGACAGAAGACUCUCUCACCGCUGGUUCAGAAACUGUUGGGUAACUCUCUGCUGAAGUUGGAGGGAGAUGACCGGCUGGAUAUUAAUUGUACUUUACCCCUCACUGACCAGAUUGUGCUGGUGGGUUCAGAGGAGGGUCUCUACGCUCUGAAUGUCAUUAAAAACUCUCUGACUCACAUCCCGGGACUGGACUCUGUGUUCCAGAUACAGAUCCUCAAAGACCUUGACAAACUGCUGAUGAUCACCGGUGAGGAGCGAGCUCUGUGUCUGGUGGAAAUCAAGCGUGUUAAACAUUCUCUGGCUCAGUCUCAUCUUCCAGCACCGCCUGACCUCAGUCCGUACAUCUUUGAAGCGGUGAAGGGGUGUCAUCUGUUCGCUUCUGGAAAGAUUGAGAAUGGGAUGUGUAUCUGUGCUGCGAUGCCCAAUAAAAUCACCAUCCUGAGAUUCAAUGACACGCUCAACAAGUUCUGCAUUAGAAAGGAGAUCGAGACGUCUGAACCCUGCAGCUGUAUUCACUUCACUGGAUACAGCAUCAUCAUCGGCACUAAUAAGUUUUAUGAGAUUGAGAUGAAACAAUAUAUACUGGAAGAGUUCCUGGAUAAGAACGACGUGACAUUGGCCUCCGCCGUGUUCGCCGCCUCGUCACACAGUUUCCCGAUCUCCAUCAUCCAGGUGUCCAGCGCACCGCAGAAAGUCGAGUAUCUGCUCUGCUUCCACGAGUUUGGAGUGUUCGUGGACGCGUACGGCCGCAGGAGUCGCAGCGAUGACAUCAAAUGGAGUCGUCUUCCGCUGUCCUUCGCGUACAGAGAGCCGUACCUGUUUGUGACGUAUUUCAACUCUCUGGAUGUGAUUGAAGUUCAGAGUCACUCUGCACUCGGACCACAUGCGUACGCACACCUGGACAUUCCUAACCCGCGUUACCUGGGCCCAGCGAUCUCAUCCGGCGCUGUGUAUCUGGCCUCAUCCUACCAGAACAAACUGCGUGUGAUCUGCUGUAAAGGAAAUCUGACUCAGGAGGGUUCGAGCACAGAACUGCAGUGCAACGGUUCCACACGCAGUCCAAACAAACGUGGCCCUCCCUCAUAUAACGAGCACAUCUCGAAGCGUGUCGCGGGGAUGCCCGGCGAGCAGGAGGGCCACCACCAGCCCGGGACUCCUCACCAUUACCACGAGGCUCGCACCGAGUUCCGCCGUGACAAAUCACCCGCCCGACCCCUCGAGCGUGAGAAGUCUCCGGGCCGUCUGUCCGAGAAGCGGAUUGAGAGAUCGCCCGGGAGGAUGAUGGACCCUCGACUCGACUGCUCGCCAGGACGGGUGAUGGACCUGCGCAGGGAGAGGUCGCCCGGCCGGGCUUUUGAGGAGCCUCGCCAAAGACUGCACACGGGAUCAGCACGCACGCCCAUCAACACUGUUAACAAGGUGUGGGAUCAGUCGUCGGUGUAAGUGAUCAGAAGACCACGCCAACAGAGCAUUCGGCAACAGAAAACCGAAAUCAUGUGACCCACGUUUCAUCCAAUCGCUUCUCAGUGGGCGAAUUGCCACCAAAACAUCUCGCUCUAAAUGGCCUUAGAACAGGAGUAACACCGUUACUAACACAAAUCUGGCCAGCAUUUACUAGCGCUAACAUUUCACACCAUUGAAAGUAUUACUCCAUUACUUGAGAUGACAUUUCCUGUAGUCAUACUGUGAACGAAUAACAUAGUGACAUCAGAGCGACGCUAAUUUACAGA